AUGAGUGGCAGUGACAGAAGAUACCAGUUAUACGAUGUGUUGGGGGUGACAAGUGAUGCGAGUGUGCAGGAGAUUAAAACUGCUUAUAGGAAGCUUGCCCUGAAACAUCAUCCGGAUAAAUACGUGGACCAGAACUCAAAGGAGGUAAAUGAGAUCAAAUUCAAAGAGAUUACUGCAGCUUAUGAAAUCUUGAGUGAUCCAGAGAAGAAAUCGCAUUACGACUUGUAUGGUGAUGAUUAUGGUACUGCUGGUAGCACUGGUGCAGAUGGAUUUGGAGAUGAUGAUUUUAUGAAUUUCUUUAAUAAUUUCUUCAACAGUGGGGACCAUGAGGGAAAUGAUUUCCCCAGGGAGUACGAUACGUAUGAGGAGGAUAAGUGUAAGAGCUCCAAAGAUAUCGAUAUUGAUAUAUUUUUGACUGUGAAAGACUUGUACAUGGGCAAGAAGUUAAAGUUUGAGUUGAAAAGACAAAUUGUAUGCAUGGUAUGCCACGGCUCUGGUUGGAAACUGAAGAAGAAAAUUCACGUCACACACGAAGUAGAAUGUGAAUCUUGCGGUGGAAAGGGCUCAAAGGAACGUCUCAAGAGAUUUGGACCAGGUUUGGUAGCGUCACAAUGGGUGACAUGUGAGAAAUGUCAUGGCAAAGGAAAGUACGUCAAAAGACCCAAGAACCCGAAGAAUUUCUGUCCUGAUUGUGCAGGAGUGGGGCUCCAGUCUAAGAAAGAAAUCAUCACAGUAAACGUGGCUCCAGGCCACCAUUUUAACGAUGUCAUUACGAUCAAGGGGAUGGCCGACGAAGAACUUGAUAAGUCUGCAUGUGGUGAUUUAAAGUUCCAUCUUGUCGAAAAACAAGAAAACCUGGAGCAGAAGCAGAUCUUCUUGAAGAACUUUGACGAAGGCAGCGCGGAAGAUUUAUAUACAAGCGCUACUAUAUCACUAAGCGAGGCAUUAACAGGGUUUGAGAAGUUUUUAACAAGAACGUUCGACGAUAGGUUGUUGACAUUGAGCAUCAAGCCUGGGAGGGUGAUAAGGCCUGGCGAUGUUAUUAAAAUCACUAAUGAAGGUUGGCCUAUUAUGGAUGACCCCCGUGGUCAACGCGGUGAUUUGUAUGUGUUUAUUCAUAUAGAAUUUCCACCAGAUAAUUGGUUCAAUGAAAAAUCAGAAUUACUGGCAAUAAAGACGAUGCUGCCGUCGUCUUCAUCUUGUACGUUCCAGACCACUGCAAAUACUGGAGAAGACGACAGAAAUCCGAUUAACAACGAAACUAUAUCGAAUUUCCAGAUCAUUAACAUGGAAGAACUCCCUGAGGGAAUGAAGAUCUUCAAUUCAGAAUCGCAAAAUUCAGCGCAUCAGAAAGCAAAAAGUUCUUACUGCCCUAUGCAAUGA